UACUUAGCAUAAAUUUUCUGAUGUUUUGUGAUUCUGAAAGAGAAAGAGAGAAGAGUAGGGUUGUCCUCCACCGUUGCUUUAUUGUGCUCCGCCUCAGCAGAUUCCCGCUUUCUCUCACACUUUCUCUUCUGCUAGAUAGCUUUAUCAAGUCAAGAAUCUUCUCUUUCUCCCUCUAAAAUCAUCUCUCUCUCUCUCAGAUAUUCUCUUUUUUUUUUCCAUAAAAAAUAAAUAAUCAAAUAAAUAUAAAAUUAACGAUCCACAAUGCCUUGUUUUCCUUCUCCUUUAUUUUCAAGCCGUUGCUUCAAAUUUGUUUCCUCCCUUUCUCUCUCUCUCCAUUUCUCUGGCUGUGUUCUCUGUUUUCUCUCUCUGUGCGUCACUGUCGAAUUUUAGGUUCCUUAUUCCGGCGAAGCCUAUAUAGCUCGAUAUCAUGACUUCUUCUGAAGUCACUCAUCUUUCUCAGCCUUGCAUUUACGGGGAAAUUGUUUCUUCUUAUGGUGAGAGGAAAUCCCGCUUUAUGAAAUGGCUGACUAAGCUUUUCAAAGGCGGUUCGAGUAGAAGAGGAGGAGGAGGAGGCAGCGGCGGCGUCGGCGGAAGUAAUCCACAACUCAUUGGCGACGAAAACAUGUCUUGGCGCGCACCAAUUAGAUCCCUGGGUGAUCAUCGUCCCAGAGCAAGGAAGGAGAACGAUGAGUUGGAACAUGCAAUUGCACUAUCUCUAGCUGAUGAUUUGAGAAGACCAACAGCAGCAGGACGUAGAUGGCGAAGAGACCACGAUGAAGAUUUUGCGAGGGCACUACAAGAUAGCUUGGCUUCGCCAUAUUCUUCUCCGCGUUCUCGUCCACAUCCACACCCACACCCACACCCACAUCCUCAUCCACAUGUACCUUCACACCCCACUCCUUAUGUCCCUGCAGCACACCCACCUUCUCAUCCCCCUCAGCAGUAUUACCCUUGGGGGUAUAAAAUAUGUGGUGGCUGCAAACGUGAAAUACGUUAUGGAAAUUAUCUUGGAUGCAUGGGAACGUACUACCACCCUCAGUGCUUUCGCUGUCAUUCUUGUGAUCAACCAAUAACUGAGAAUGAGUUUUCUCUGUCAGGAAAAGAUCCAUAUCACAAGACCUGCUUCAAAGAACUGGCUCACCCCAAAUGUGAUGUCUGCCACAACUUUAUUCCGACCAAUCGAGCUGGUUUGAUAGAGUACAGAUGCCACCCUUUUUGGUCUCAAAAAUACUGUCCUUCACAUGAACAUGACGACACAGCUCGCUGCUGCAGUUGUGAGCGCUUAGAGUCCUGGGAUGCAAGAUAUAUUUCAUUGGGAGAUGGACGGAGUUUAUGCUUUGAGUGUAUGGAAUCUGCUAUUAUGGAUACUGGUGAUUGUCAGCCUCUUUACCAUGCCAUCAGAGACUUUUAUGAAGGACUGAACAUGAAACUUGAUCAGCAAAUCCCUAUGCUUCUGGUUGAAAGACACGCACUUAAUGAAGCAAUAGUUGGAGAGAAAGGCGGUAUACAUCAUAUGCCUGAGACCAGGGGUUUAUGCCUUUCUGAAGAGCAGACUGUCACUAGUAUACUCAGAAGGCCGAAAAUUGGUGGUCACCAAUUUAUAGGAAUGAGAACUCAACCUCAAAAACUGACUCGAAGAUGUGAAGUAACAGCUAUUCUUGUUCUCUAUGGUCUUCCAAGAUUACUAACUGGUGCUAUUCUUGCCCAUGAGUUAAUGCAUGGCUGGCUACGCCUUAAAGGUAAAAAAAAGCUACAUAUAAAGCUUUUCUUCCAUGUUUAUUUAGGUGUAUUUUUCUUCAUUCAACUUAGCAAUGAUGCAGGUUUUCGUAACCUUAAUCCGGAAGUAGAGGAAGGUAUCUGUCAGGUGCUUUCCCACAUGUGGCUUGAAUCAGAAGUAAUGCCAGUCUCUCGAAAUAUGCCUUCAACGUCAACAGCUUCUUCCUCAUCCUUUUCAUCAUCGAAGAAAGGUGGAAAGUCGAACUCAGAAAGCAAACUUGGAGAGUUUUUCAUGCACCAAAUUGCGCACGAUGCGUCUCCAGCUUAUGGAGGAGGAUUCAGGGCAGCAAAUGCAGCUGUCAACAAGUACGGUUUACCUCCUACUCUCAAACACAUUCAUCUCACUGGAACUUUCCCAUUGUAAUGAGAAUUUCAAAUCAUUCUGUAUCAUUUUACUUCUGUUAGUUGCCUUACACGUCCAUCGGAGAUAUUCUAUUUAUCGCCCCCAAAAAGUUAAGCUGCUUAUUAAAGCUUCAAGCAGCACCCCCUUCAAAUUCCAUGGGGUCCUGCCGGGAUACAAGCUGAAAAAAAUGAGCCCCUCAAUUUAAUAAAGAUUUAUAAAGCUAUUUUUCAUUGAUCUAGAAA